GCUCGAUACGGCAUAAGCUGUCAGUGGCUCUUACAAACCCAAGAAGACGAAGAUACGAUGCAAGUUGUUGUAGCCCUAUAAAAAACAACACCAAUAAAAAAGAGAAGGAUGGCUGGAAGCUUCAUAAAUGGUGCUUUGAGAAACACUGCUGCAAGAUGCUUCUCAACUACAUCCUGCAUGUUGGGGAAAUUUCCCAAGAAUUUUGAUACAUCUAUGGGAGCUGUGGACCACUGGGUAGUAGAUGGAGCAGCUGACUACACUUUCCUUGAUGGAGAUCAACUCCACUUUCGCGUUGGACAGAGAAGGAGGAAAGAGCAACGGGAAGUUUCGGCCAAAGUCAUACAACUGCUGCAAGAAACAAAGUUUGCCACUGAACGCCAUGCAAGACUUCAACUCGAAAAGCAGCAAAAAAGACAAGAAAUUAUUGAAAGUAAACUCAAAGCAAAGGGUCACAAGUUGCUAAAUAAAGAAACUAGUAACUGAAAAUGAACACUAUUCUACUAAUGUCCAGAGACAUAGCGGAUAAUGAUUUCUCUUAAAAUGUUUAUACAGAUAUUUAGAAAGUCAAUUGAAUAUUGAACAAAAACAUGUAAGAUUCCUUUUUGGGGGGACAUCUUCUCAAGAGUAAAUGUCUCAAGUUAUACUGUACAGUACUGAAAAUGUAUAAUAUUGCUGAUAAUGGAGUUUUUUCACAUUAGAACCCAAAGGGGUUCAUCAUCUUUUUGUGAAUUAAAUAUACAUGUAUAUUAUUGUGGGUUCUUGGUGCCACUGUGAGGCUUGGUGGUUCAGCCUGACAGUUUAAUAUUUCAGUAAAUGUCUGCUGUAUGAUCUAUGGGUUUAACACUUUCCAUGAAUAUUAUACUAUCAGGCAUUUUCCAUUAACCACGCACCUGCUAUUUUGACUUGCAAUAACUUACUGUUGCUUGUGAACCACUUUAAUCUCUUAGCAAUUAUAUCCUAAAAAAAAAAAGUGCAUUAAAGAACAGAGUAAAGAUAGUAAACUCACUUUGGGAAGUGCACUGAAUAUUUCCAGAAUAUAAAUGAACUUGAGAAAUAAUAAUUAAUAAAACAAAAUUAGUA